GAUCUCUGCUUGCCUGCCCCGUUUCUCAACACCCACUCUGUAAAUUUAGCGAACACUGCAGCAAGAAGUGUGUCUGUGUGUGUCACGAUCAAGAGGAAGGAGCAAGCAGGGAUUAAGAUUAAUUAAAACCUCUCGUCCGGCUGGUGACAGAAAUGGCAGCCAUUCGGAAGAAGCUGGUGAUUGUUGGAGACGGAGCUUGUGGGAAAACAUGUCUUCUCAUUGUUUUCAGUAAAGAUCAGUUUCCCGAAGUCUAUGUCCCUACUGUGUUCGAGAACUACAUCGCUGACAUCGAGGUUGACGGAAAACAGGUGGAGUUGGCAUUGUGGGAUACCGCAGGCCAGGAAGACUAUGACAGGUUGAGGCCUCUCUCUUACCCCGAUACAGAUGUCAUCCUGAUGUGCUUCUCCAUUGACAGCCCAGACAGUUUAGAAAAUAUCCCUGAAAAGUGGACGCCUGAGGUGAAGCACUUCUGUCCCAAUGUUCCCAUCAUCCUGGUGGGGAACAAGAAGGACCUGAGGAACGAUGAGCAUACACGGAGAGAGCUAGCCAAGAUGAAGCAGGAGCCAGUGAAGACAGAAGAAGGCAGAGACAUGGCUGGUAGGAUCAGCGCUUUUGGCUACUUGGAGUGUUCUGCCAAGACGAAGGAUGGUGUGCGGGAGGUGUUUGAGAUGGCCACAAGAGCAGCACUGCAGGUCCGCAAGCGCAAGAAGAGAAGUGGCUGCACGGUGCUGUGAGCAGUCCAGACGCCAUCAAAUCAGCUGACCAAUUGGAGAAAAAUAACACAUGAAAAAGGACUGACCUAUUACCAAAUGGAUCUUUGUACUGUAUCUCACAUUUCAUGACAAAGACAGGCAGAUGAAUUGAACAUAAACAAACCUAAUACAGGAAAUGAACUAUAUGACAUCUGUGGCUAGAAUUUGAUGUUUCCGUAUUGAUUUGCUUUUGUCCCUCCCAAAAUCUGUCUUAACAAUUUACACUUUUUUUUUUUUUUUUUAAAA